AUGAGGAAUACAAAGUCUGACUCCGAGUGGUUCUACCGUCUAGCGCAGUUUUCGAUAGCCACUAGUGUGUGCUCGUUGAUCUUCCUCGGUUUCACCCUCCCCGGGCUCUACCUGAAGACUGUUGAGGAGCAGAAUCGACUUCACGAUCGAGCUGGAGUAUUUAAGGAGGUGACGACCCGACUAUGGAACGAGAAGCUCCGCAUUCAAUCCCAGUUCUUCGGCACGUCAGUCCAGUUCUUUAGCAGAGCAAAGAGACAGAUCUACGAUGGAGUAUGUAAAGGUUGCGGCCAGCUAGCUUGCCCUUACGGCCCACCGGGUCCACCCGGACCUCCCGGAUCUGAUGGGAUGCCAGGAGAACCCGGAAACCAAGGAAAUACUGGAGGAGACGGUAUGGACGUGCAGUUGGACACCGAGCCUGAGAUGCCAUGUGUUGUCUGUCCGGGUGGACCGAUAGGACCGAGAGGCCCCCAGGGCGAGCGAGGUCGGCAAGGCGAGCCUGGCACACCUGGAGGCCUUGGCCCUCAUGGCGCUAUGGGCCGCGGAUCCGUCAAUCCCGGGCCAACCGGACCACCUGGACCCUCUGGACCGAUGGGAGCUGCCGGACGACUUGGCCACCCAGGCCAAGAAGGUCCUUAUGGACCCCCAGGAGACCCCGGAAUGCCCGCAUCCUAUUGCCCGAGUGAUUGCGGCGUCAGCCAUAUUCUGUCGAGCGUCGUGCCGUCGGAGAAAGCCAAGAUGGCAGUCCUAAAGCAAAUGGAGGAUGAGAAUGCUGGUGAUCACUACUAUGGAGGCCCAAAGACGGACGCAGCCGGAGCGUCGCGUAGUGGAUAUAGACACCGUACCCACGGUAUCCGCACCCACUCCAUCCCCAUCAUGAGGACUCCCGAUUCGGAUCCCGAGGGCUGGGCCUUCAGCUCAAACGGAAAUGACCUCGGUGGAUGGCAGCGUGAUGAGCCGGUCUUCAAGCCUAAAGCUCAGCCGGCUUCAUCUGGGCUUUCAUACGACAACUCUGUUCCUGACGGAUAUGAGAAGCUGAUGGCAGAUGCCGAAUUCCGAGCAAAACUGGCUAGGAAGAUCCGUCGCAGGAAGAUGAGGAUCGCGAAGCGGCAU